GAUUGCGAUUAGAUUACUCUUUGGAAUCUCUUUUAUCAUUAGCAAAAAUAUGCGUUACCGUCAGUACACAUUUAUCAUAACGCAAGAUACAACAUGUAAUCGGACUAGGAAAAUAUAUAUUGUGAUAUUUAUGUAGCUUAGCUUAUUACAUUAUUUUGUGUAUCAGUGUUGAACAGAUGUGAAAAUUAAAAUCAGUGCGAUUUAUAAUUUAUAAAGAGGGAAAGAUCUUAACACAAUUUAUAAGAAAUUGCAUAACAUUCAGUAUUGCAAACUUUCCUGUGUUAUAAAUAUUGAAAUUGUAGAUAUUAUAUAUUUAAUUGUAAAUUUUCAGUGCGAAUAAUAUUAUAUAUAUUAGUGAGUGGUAUGUAAAAAGUUUAUUUACUUAUCGUGAAUAAAAAAAGAUCGAUUCUGACGUUUCUCAUGUCACAUUCGAAUGGCACAUUCUCAAAUAAACGUCAAAUAACAAUCAUAGUAUCGACCAACGUAGAUAAAAUCGAUUGACAAGCAACUAAGCCUGCAAAAUCGCAAGUCACGAUCAUGAUAUAAAAUCGUUACCGAUAAAUGAAGUCGCCAAUAAUGAGUAAAACCAUACAAGUUUAUUAAUAUUUCGACCUAACUGGCCAGUACAAAUUAUCACAAACACUACGUUUUGACCCUCAGGUAUGGGUCCUUAUCAAGUGUAACUGCACAAUAAAAAACAUACAUUGAUGAAGAUGAAGAAAGACAAUUAGCUACACACGUAAAGGAACAUUGCAAAAAUAUUAAACAACAUCUCAGCAAUUUAACGUAAUCAGCAAACAUCGAAUAACAUAUGACCAUGAUUUUAAUUGGAUGGAACCUAAGAUUUUACAUUAUGAAAAACAUAAAAGGAAGAGAGAAUUAGCUGAGAUGUUUUUUAUUAAAAAAUAUAACAAUAAUAUAUUAAUUUGUAAAAAGACACAGAAAAUUAAAACCCAAUUAUGAUAAGUCAAUCCACAGUAUAUGAUUGUUUAUUUAUUUCAUUUUAUUUUCGAGCAUUUUUAUAAUCUUGUUUUGUAAAUUUGACUUAUGAUAUUUUAAAAUAAUUUACUUAUCUUUAGUUUAACAUUAGUAAUAUCAUUGCUAUCGAAUCAGCAUCUUGAAGGGUAAAUUAUAUUUUAUUCUUAAAUUUCUUUGUAAUAAUUUUGUAAAAUACGGUUUCGCAUCUUCAUCAAUGUAUGUUUUUAUUGUACAGUUACUUAUUACUUGAUAAGGACCCGUACCUGAGAGUCAAAACGUAUAUAAUGGUCGUAAUAAUUUGUACUGGCCAGUUAGAUCGAAAUAUUAAUAAACUUGUAUAAAUUUUUAGUGUUCUCUGCAUGUUCUUCUAUUAUUCUUUGGAUGAUUAAUAUUAUAUUAAAUAUAAUAUUAUAUUAAAUUUGCCGCACUGUAUUUUAUAUUUAAAUAUAAAUUUAAAUAUAAAUAAAAUGUCUAUAAAAGUACCACCAAAUGGAGGAUGGGGAUGGAUCAUUGUCCUGGGGAGUGCAUUAAAUGGCAUAUCAACCAUUCCGAUCAUACAAGCAUUCGGAUUGAUAUUCAAAGACUCUUUUGCUAAACUUAAGCUAAAUGCGACAGAUACGUCAAUUAUAAUCAAUGUAAAUUUGGCAUUUGGUAUGCUGUUCGGCAUGAUUAAUGGAGCUCUUUUAAAGACUUUUGGAUACAAGAAAGUAGCGAUAACUGGAAGUAUACUUUUCACAAUUGGAAUAAUGUUAACAGCAUUUGCCAACUCUUUUGCUCUCAUUAUUAUUUGCUAUGGAAUAUUAACAUCUAUUGGUUUGGGUAUGUCGAUGUCUGGAUCUUUGGCGGUUAAUUCUUACUUCACUACAAGACGAAAUCGAGCUAUGGGCUUGACGAUAACCAUCAUCGGGAUAGGUCCGAUUCUUAUGCCUCAAAUAGCAUCCUUCUUACUGACAUUCUACGGUAUACAGGCAACCAUCUUGCUACUUGCCGCUUACAGUCUUCAUUCGAUAAUAGGCGGCCUGCUGCUACAGCCAGUUAAAUGGCAUAUGAAAAAUGCACCUCUUUGCUUAGAGACAAAAGUUGCCGAAAGUCCUAAAAUUUUGAAGAAUAACGAAGGAGAUACAUCGACUUAUAACGCGGAAGAUGAAACCAAUAUACAUUCUUCGAGACUGACAUUGAACAAUUAUCAAAGAAAAAGAAAAAUGAGUAGUAUCGAUCACGAUGUCGAAGUUGGAAGCAUUUAUGGAUUUGAUAACUUAUCUCGACAAGUUUCUGUAGAUAGAACAAUGUAUGAUGCAAAUUAUGACACCGAAACGUCAAAUAAUAAAAUAAUGAAAGGACCGUCAAUGACAAAUUUAAAUGGUAAUCGCAAGUAUUCAAAAUACACAUUGCAAAAUUCAGCAAAAAGUGUGGAAAGUAUAAAUCUCGGUAGUAGUAUAAAGAUUUUUGAUGAAUCUGCACCAAACGAAAAAUUGACUUUUAUUGAUAAUGGAGUAAAUAAAAAUAAUGGUGUAAAUCAGACUGUUAUGGAAAAUAAUUCACUAUUAGAAAAAGAGACUGAUAGCUCGACAAUUGAAGCAAAUUACGAAGAUGAUCACAAGGAUGAAUCCGCCAUCUGCCGAAUUUUGCAUCGACUGAUUAAUCUUUACGAUUUUGAUCUUCUGCGCGAUCCUAUUUACGUAAACAUUAUGUUCGGGAUGUCGAUGGCAAUCUUCGCGGAGGUAAACUUUUCCAUGUUGACGCCAUUCAUUCUCGCCGAUAUGGGAAUGACAACGGCACAAAUUGCCAACAUAUUGAGCAUCAUCGCAAUAGUCGAUCUCUUUGGCAGAAGCAUAUCAUCGUUCCUGGGUGAAUGGCUACGUCAGACACCUAGAAAGAUGUAUAUGCUUAGCUUAUUUCUUUUGAUAAUUAGCAGAAUGGCACUCAUCUUUAUAAAUAGCUUUGCUUCGGUAGUAAUCGUUGCAAUCGGUUUGGGAAUGGCAAAAGGAAUUCGCUCGGUGUAUAUGACUUUAGUGGUACCCAGUUAUGUUCCCAUUCAAAAGUUACCCGGCGCUUCGGGGAUGCAAAUGUUGACCAACGGACUGAUGCUUAUUUGCGCUGGUCCUAUGCUAGGUUUAAUACGAGAUAAUACAGGGAAUUAUACAAUUUGUAUUAUAUUGAUGAAUUCGGUGACUGCUGCUACGAUAUUUAUUUGGACAAUAGAGAUGUUACUUGUACGAAGAAAGUCUACACGGCGGAAGUCAAAAUUGCUUGAAACGUGUUAAUAUAGGAUUACGUACAAAUAAUUCUCUUUUUGUAAAUUAAUUAUUUUUUCAACAGCAUCUACGUUGUAAAAUAAA